AAGUACACGAUAGUAUAUAUAGACACUUCAACAGCUAAACGAUAAUCUGCGAGUAGCGGAAGACAUGGCGAGCGCUGGUGCUGGUACCGGUGGAGGAGGGAAGGUCUCCUUCAAGGUGACACUUACCUCCGAUCCCAAGCUCCCUUUCAAGGUGUUUAGCGUACCAGAAGCUGCCCCGUUCACCGCUGUUUUGAAAUUUGCAGCCGAGGAAUUUAAAGUCCCUCCUCAAACCAGCGCCAUCAUUACCAAUGAUGGGGUAGGAAUCAAUCCUCAACAAAGUGCAGGCAAUGUCUUCCUUAAACAUGGUUCCGAACUGCGCUUGAUCCCCCGUGAUAGAGUGGGAGCAACUGAGUAAAGAAAGUAACAGGCUGGAUGACUUUUGUAUUCUGCUUUACUUAUUCUGAAGGACUUUUAUUCUGGUUGAUCUAGAUUUGUUUUCUGCUUUACUUUCGUAAAAACUGGGUGGAUGGUGAGAGUUUCGUUUCGUUCCUCUUGGCAUUAUACUGUUGUAACUGAUACCAUAAAUUUGUGAUAUUCAUAUGGAAGCUAGCUACAGUUGGUAGCCUUUUAGGGUUUUAGUUAAUAAUGGAAGCACCUGUUGUCAUCUUGCUCUA